GGCCAAAGCAUCCCAGAGGGCAGCAGAUGUGGUGAAGCCGCGAGCAUGUUUGUGAACGGAGGGGCUGAUGACCGCUAGGAGGCAGGCGCGGAUCUGUGUGUCAACGAUGGUCCAGGAGGGGCUGUUGGAAUGUAGAGAGGCUUCAAACUCAUCUUGUGCAACGUGACGUGUCUCAGGUGCAGAUGAUUCCGUGUUGCCCUCGGCGUAAAGAUAGUUGGUUUUGGAUUGGCAGUGAGGACGGCCUUUACUCAGUGAAGUCGGGGUAUCGCAGGAUUAUGGGGGAGGCUACCCAAGCUCCAGGUUUUUCACAAUGGAGCCGACUGUGGAGGAUUCCAGUAGCUCCCAAAGUAAAGGUUUGUGUUUGGCGUGCACUUCGAGGUAUCCUCCCAACUGUUUCGACCUUGAAUUCCAAAGGUUUGGAAAUUGAUAAUUGUUGUUCCAUUUGUGGCCAGCUGAGUGAAACAGUGGAUCAUUUGUUUCUUCUUUGCCCGUUUGCAGAAUAUGUGUGGGAACGCAGUAGCUUCCGGGUGGCUAAUCGAUCGGCGGCGAGUUCGUUCUCGGACUGGGUUCAGUUGGUGUUUCAGACAGCCACGUCCAGUGAGCUAAUCCCCAUAGUGUGGACAAUCUGGAUGAUUUGGAAGUGUAGGAAUGCAGCCGUAUGGGAACAACGGGUGCCAACCCCAGAGGUAACAGUUCGCAUGGUGCUGAAUUUUUCAAAAGGGUGGGAGAAUAGUCAUAGAGAGGAUCCCCCCACCUUAGCUCCUUCGGCAGAGAGGGUUCCCCCCUUGAAGCUGCCCAUUGUUUUUUUGAUGCUGCUUUAUUCCAUGCUUCGGGUCUGGUUGGUGCUGGUGGAGUGAUUUUCUCUUCUUCUAAGGAAUUUCAAGCGGCUUUUGCUCGACGGUUGUGGUGCCCGCAAGAUCCGUUGUUGGCAGAAGCUAUGGCAUGCCGGGAGACUUUGUCGUGGCUCAAAAGUCUUGGAGUCCAGGUUGCUGUUAUUUUUUCUGAUUGUUUUCGUGUCGUAGAGGCAAUUAAUGAUAGUGGUGUGUCAGAUUGUGCUUCUUAUUUCGGGUCUUUGAUUGAUGACUGUAAGGCCCUCAUGGCCUCGUUUGAAUCUGUUUUGGUUUCUCAUGUUCGUAGAAAUCUCCAUGUGGUAGCGCAUACGUUAGCUAGGCGGGUUGAAACUCAGACAGGUGAUUGAGAUUUUGUUCCCCCUGAUUUUCUUAUGUCUCUUUUGAAUUAAUGAAAGUUGGUUGUUCUC